AUGCCAUCUUCGUCGACCACCUCAAACCUUCGGAUUCUUCUCUUUUCCCUCCUGCUCGUCGCUGCCAGUUCAGAGGUCACAGAAUCUUCGGGUAAGUAUUAGUUGGUUUGUUUUGUAAAUACUCCGAAAAUCCACUAGAGUCACUUCCGAGUGGCGAAAAAAAGUGAAAGGAAAAGUAACGGGAAAUCGGAACUGAGAGGUUCAGAAAGUUCGAUUUUCGGAAGGAUAAUUGAACCGAAAUGUUGCCUACAGUCUGGGAUUUGGUUCAAGUAGGAUUUGGAAUUCAAAGAAAAACGGAAACAGAACAAAACUGAGAAUGUAGAUUAGGGGGAAACGCACGCAAUAUACUAAUAUGUCAAUUGAGUGAACUGAGUGGAAAUGACUUUAUCAGCAAAGAUCUUUCAAGUGCUCCCAAUAUCAAACUUUCAGAUAUAAAGCAGUCGUCGGCACAAGCAGUCGCCCCGACUCCGUUCCAAGUGGCCACUUCUCCGCAUCCGUUCUCCCGUCAGAUCGCUGCUCCGUCGCGUAUUCACCGCAGAUCCAUCACUCCCGUCCCAACCCGAGCCCACCGAGUUUACCACUGA